UCUCAUUCAUAUCACAUCCGUUCUUUGGUUCCUCAGCUCCGAUUCCCCCCCACAUUUCCUUCGAUCUCACCGCCCCCCCAUUGAUUGCCAUCCCCAACCCUUCAAAUCCUCCAUCAAAACUUCAUUUCAAGAACCCCAACUCAGCUCCACUCCAAGAAAUCAAUCAAUCAUUUCCCCAUCCUCCUCCCUCCCUCACUUCCGGGAGCCCAGCUGCUCGUCCACUGUUUAGGGAUCUGAAGAGGGUUUCCCCGUCAAGAACCUGCCCUGAUGGCCUCAUUCACCGUUCCAUGUCCCAAAUCAUCUUCCCUUCUCCGUUUUGGGUCGACCCAGCAGCAGAGCUCCAACCAGACCCACAGAAUAUCGUUUGCCCGUUUCGGGUUUCAGGGUACUGAGAGGACACAAUCUGCUGCCUGUAAGGCUCAGGCAAAGCUUAAUGAGGUCACUGCAGAGAAAUCCUCUAAUUCUGCAGUCGGGGACAAGAAGCAGGAUGCUUCACUAUCAAAAGAAGCCAAUGGCUCAGUGGGGAAGCUCAAAAGUGCAAAUGCUGUUCCUGAUGCAGCGGCUAUCUCGGCAUUCAUGGCUCAAGUAUCUGAUCUUGUCAAGCUUGUAGAUUCAAAGGACAUCACGGAACUUCAACUGAAGCAAAUGGGCUGUGAGCUUGUAAUAAGGAAAAAGGAAGCAUUAGAAUCACCACCAGUGGCUCCUGCUGCUUCGUUCAUGAUGCCCCCUAAUUUCCAGCAAAUGAUGCCAGCUCAGCCAUCUUUAGCACCUGCGGCUGGUCCUGCUCCAGCUCCAGCUAGCUCAGCUCCUACUCCAAAACCUGCUCUACCUGCCCCUGCAAAGUCUAGUGGGUCUUCUCACCCCCCUUUCAAAUGCCCAAUGGCUGGAACCUUUUACCGGUCUCCAGCCCCUGGGGAGCCACCAUUUGUCAAGGUGGGAGAUAAGGUGCAGAAAGGCCAGGUCGUUUGUAUCAUUGAAGCGAUGAAGCUGAUGAAUGAAAUUGAGGCUGAUCAGUCAGGAACAAUUACCGAGAUAUUGGCAGAUGAUGGAAAAUCUGUCAGUGUUGACAUGCCACUCUUCGUCAUUGUUCCAUGAGCAACAAGCAAGCUAUUACCAUUUCUACACUUUCUCCGAUGGUCGAAGUUUCAGAUUUAGUCCCCAAAGUUCUCAACCUGCUGGUGUUUGUUACUACUUUUCAUGUGCAAAAGACUAGUAGUUUGAAGUAGUUUGUCCUUUUUUCCCCCCUUCUAUUCAUUUUGGAUUUUUAUCCAAUAGAGGCAUAAGCUUUUUCCUUGGAGAAUAGGAACCCCCGGGCAUUUUAUCUUCUUCUAAACGUUGGGUGACUCAACUUGUUUCCAACUGCAAUUUCCAUAAUCGUGGACGAAUCGCAAUCGCUUGAGCCUAUGGAGAUAUUCUGUACGAGGCUAUCUAAGUCCAAAUCUUGACGA